CUAUGGCCGGAUCUGCUCCCAUGGCCAUGGCUUUGGUGGGGAAGCACUUUAAAGCGUUAAACCACACUUGUGAAACCAGCCCAGGGCAGAAGUCACAUGCACGAGGGAGACGCUGCAAGUUGGUGCUUGCAGCUCAUAAGAGGCAGUGCGGAGGUGCAGGCUCCUUGCCUUGGCUGAGCCCUGCCUUUUUAGCCCAUAGUGCCCAGGAGAUGCAGAGAGGAGAGUGACCCAGAGCACAGGCUGGGGCUGUGGGGCUGGAGACCUCGCAUGGGGCAGAGGGGAUGGCAGCAGAUAAAGGACAGUGAGGAGGAGGGAGCUGAGCUUGCUCCCCAGCAGCAGGAGCUGAGCUGGAUCAGGCUGAGCCCUGAUCCUGCUCUUGUUUCCUGGGACUAUCUUCAGAGACUCAAAGGUUCCAACAUCGAAGCCAGAGCUCCUCCAUUCCUGCAGCAGCAGCACGAGGUGGGCUGGAAGAUGCCUUCUUGCCCAUGGAAAGCAGGAUCUCAAGGAAGCCGUCAGUGGGAGUGUGAAUGAGGAUUUCACAAUCUGCUCCCCAAGCAGCAGAACAAGCCACCCGCCCUGGGGCUGACGCUGUGUUUCCUAGCUGUGGAAGAUAAGGCAGACACACGAAGUGCUGGAUUUGUGACAAUACAGCACGGUCCCCGCAGCAGAGACACCUUCAGCAUGGCCCAUACAAGCCAAACUGGUGGAACUGAGAGAAACGGGUCACUGCCCUCCAUCCUCUACUGCAAGAGUGAUUUAAAGGAAGGAUCCCUGCAGUGGGUGAAAGAACCCCUCAAUGGGCAGGUGCUCAUGGUGCUCAGCAUGGACAACAACUGCUCAGCCACCUCCUUUGAUAUGGAGCUUUGUGCAGAGAAACUCCAGUCCCUUGGGGUUCAGGUGGCAGGGGAGCAGUGGAGGAGGUUGAUCCAGGAUGCUGUUCUGAAGCCUGAAGUGAGACGGUACAUGUUCUACAACUCCAGGGCAUUCCAGAUAGCUAUUGCUGUGGUUUUCUACAUGUCUCUCUGGACCAACAUUUACACCACAGUCCAGCUGUGCUCCUUUGGACGCUACUGGGAGGCCAGCGUGCUGGUGACCCUGGCUGCUGUAGCAGUCACUGUCAUCGUGAUACUGGUUAUUGACCAUCGCCAGAGGAAGAUAAAUGUGAACACAGACGUGAGGCUGGCUGCUGUCAAUGAAAUCUUUAUCAAACACAGUUUAAUUCUGGGCAUUACAGAUGUCCUGGAUGGGCCACACAGCAUCCUACGACUAUGGUUUGUGCACUUCAGCCCGGAGCGCUGCCUCCAGUCCUUAUCAGCCCACAUCAGGGACCUGCAGAGGACUCGGGAGCCGGCCCUGCGGCACAGCCUGGAUGAGCUCUGUGUGGUUAUGGAAGCAGUGGUUUCCCCUGACCGGGGCACGGAGGAGGAGGCUUCGCGUGAGGAGUCCCCUCUGUUAUCCAGUGGGGUGAACCUAAAUAAGGAGCCUGUGACAUGCAAUGAGCUGCUCCACCUUGUUCCUGAGGGCCCACCAGAGGUGAUGGCCCAGCAGCUCCUGGUGAUCUUCAGUGGAUGCUACGUCCGGCUCCUGGUGACCGGGCGGCUGCCCCGGGCCGUGGCAGGGGGGCACCUGGAGCAGAGCAGUGUGCCCUGUCUGUGCCAGUUCAUCCAGAGCUCUGUGCUCAACACCCACCGGAGCUGGUUCAUGGCACGGUGACCAGAGGGGGCUGAGAUAUGCAGAAAAGCAACAGUCCAUACACAACAUUGUGAAGGUGACAUGGGGCACAGAGAAGGACUGUGACUGCCCAUCCUGGACUCAGCUGGAUGAACAAGUGGAAGUAGGACUCCAAUAAACCAUACAAGACACUCGGUGCCUGCUAUGGUCCAGUAGAGCUCAAAGGGCUUCAUUUUGGACCACUAUUAACAGGGUCACAAGGUGA